AUGCGCUCGAACCAGCUCGAUGUUUUUCUAUAUGUUUUGUUGUCUGCGAAUGUGCAGGAGAUCCUGCAGCUAUCAAUCCCGGAGGAGUUUCGGGACACUGUUGGAGGCACGGAGACCGCCCUCUACGCCUUCACCGGAGUUCUAAGGGACGACGCCACUCAGGAGGAGGUCUUUCAUGCGGCAGCGCUGGAUACUGUGGAUUCGUGCUUGCGGGGCUUCAGCGGCACCAUUCUUGCUUACGGUCAGACGAACAGCGGCAAGACAUGGACCGUCACGGGCGGCGAGAGCUUCGAGGAUCGAGGCUUGGCGCCUCGAGCAAUCGGAUACCUCUUCCGCGAGAUCAGGAAUGCCGAGACCAGUGGGCUGUCUACGCGCUACGCGGUCUUGCUUCUGUCGACCUUGAUCAUAUCUCGCCCGCUGACCUUGUCCUUUUUCGCCAAGAAGAAAACGGUGGUACGAGCAUCCUACCUCGAAGUGUACGAGGAUCGCAUUUACGACCUCCUGGACGUUUCCAAUCGAGACGACAAACCCAUGGAGGAGUGGGCAACGGUUACUUCGAUGACCGACGGCGAGGGAAACCAGGUGUUCAAGGGGCUGACGACGUUCUACGUCGACAACGAGGGUGAGAAGACGACUAUGCAACAACUAAGCAUCGCGUGCGUACGCAACGCGCACAGAAGCUUCUGUCGGCCGGGGAAAAUGUCAUGCUACGGGCUUGAGGACACCCUCAACUUAUUCUUCAUGGGCAACUCUCACCGCAUCAUGGGUGAGACACCCGCAAACUCGGGGUCUUCUCGCAGCCACACUGUGUUCACCCUUUCCAUAUCAUCGGAGACGGAGGAGGAAACAACCACGGCCCACGGAGAUCGGGAUGACGAUGGCGAUGACAUCGUUCGUGGUGGUGGAGAUGGCGAGAAAUGCGAAACCCGAACAGUAGUUAACGAGUGCGAGCUCACCCUGGUCGAUCUGGCCGGCUACGAAAGGAUGUACAAAAACGACCGACACGGAUUCUCCGCGGGCCUCGACGACGCGACCGCCGUCGAGCUAAGCGACCCCUCCGCCGUGCCGGAGCAAGAGGCGAUAAGGGCCGCGCGGGAGCGUGAAGGCAAGAAGAUCAACUCCGACCUGCAGAAGCUCGAGAAGGUGAUGCGAGCGCUCCAGACAAACCCGGCGGCGCACGUCCCUUACCGGGAGAGCACCCUGACGUCGGUUCUGCGAAAGCCGUUGGGAAGGAUAGGGUGUCGGACCGUGUUCGUGGUGACCCUCAGCUUGGAUCUGGAAGACCUGGCUGAGACAGUGGCUACGUGUAGGUUCGGGCAGAGCUGCCGCAAGGCAGUAUGCGACAGCAUACCUGAUCUCCCUGAGGUUGGCGACGCACGACUCGAGCCCUUCGAAGAGCUCCGCAUCCUCAGGCGAGAGGCGGCCGAGAUGAAGGCCUCGCUCGCUGCCAAAGAAGAUCUCUUGCGAGAGCUAGCCGAAGAAAUCAGGGAGAAGGACGGUGACAUCGCGGAGGCAAUGGAGGAGCUCGAGGCUGUAGAAGCAGCGCACGCUUUCCACACGACGAGAUCGCCCACGGAGGAGGACAAGGGCGCAUGUGCCAUGCUCGCGAAGGCCCUCGCGGACGGCUCGAACGAUGCGGAAGAGGCUCUUGAGGAGAAGCAGAAGCAGCUGCAGCAACUGCUACAAAAACAGCAACAGCACCAACAGGAGCUGGAGCAGGAGCAGCAGAGACAGCUGCAGGAGCUGGAGCAGGAGCAGCAAAGUCAGCUGCAGAAGGUGGAGCACCAACGGGACCAGGAGCAGGAGCAACAUCAAGAGCAACAGAGGCAGCUGCAGCAGCGGCUACAAAAACAACAGCAGCUUCAACAAGAACAGGAACAAGAGCAACAGAGGCAGCUGCAGCGACAGGAGCAGCAGCGGAAGCAGGAACAGGAACAGAAUCAGGAGCAGCAGCGGCAGCUGCAGCAGCUACGACAAGAGCAAGAGCAACAGCAACAGCAACAGGAGCAGGAGCAGCAAGAGAGGGAGAGACAGAAGAGUCAAGCUCACCGGACGAAGGACGACGGAGAAGGUGUUUCAGACGAAACGAAGGAACUCCUCACUAUCACGCUGCAAGAGAACGCCGCGCUUGCGGCGGAGGUAAGGCAGCUGCAGGACCAGGUGCAAGCCUUCAAAGAGGAAGAGAAACUCGCGAAGAAAUUGGGCGGUCGGCUAGCUGACCGAGAGGUCACCGUCACCCGGGCUAUCGACGCGGCCCGCUCCGAUGACCCCCGAAACGGCAGCGCGCAAAGCGGCGGAGGGUCAAGAAGCGAGACUUGUUCAUGCGAUGACGGCGACCUCGAGAGCCUCCCCAUAUCCGACGGCAACGAUGACCGAGCGGGGGGGCCGACGAUAUCGGCGGGGGAGGCGGCGGCGGCGGUGUCGGCGGGUUUGGCCGAGGUACUCCAGCAAGAGGCGGGCGGGGAUGACGGCAAUGAAAGCGGUUCUACGUACGGCUCCGUGGAGGGCAUGGAGGCGACGGCAGCCCCCGAGAAUGAUGGCAAGGGCGGGGGUGGUGGUAAAAAAACUAAUAUUGACGCGCGAGGGGAGGAGGAGGAGGAGGAGGAGGAGGAAGGGCAGAACGAGGGAAUAGGGGAGAGGUAUGGGUCAAACCACGGCGACAGCGACAGGAACGGCGAGGACGAGGCAAGCAACGAGGCAAGCGAGGAGGAAGGGGAAGAGGAAGUGGAAGAGGAGUGGGAGGGAGAGGAAGAGGAAGUGGAGAAGGAGAAGGAGCCGGAAGAAGAAGAGGAGGAUGUGGAGAAGGAGGAGGAAGAGGAGGAAGAGGAGGAGGAAGAGGAGGGGGAGGAGGGGGAGGGGGAGGAGGAAGCGGAGAAGGAGGAAGAGGAGAAGGAGGGGGAAGUGGAAGAGGGCUACCACGACGACCUGGGGUCAACUACGGAAAACCAUAGUCAGAAGGUCGCUCGCGGUUCAAGCAAACCCCAAAGCAAGACUUACGCGUUCGGGACUACCCCAGCUCAGCGUAAAGGAGGCUCUCGAGUUGGCGCUAACAGUGGCAGCAACUGUGCGAGCAGCAGAAGAAUUACUAGCGCGGGAAGCAACAGCAGCAGGUGCCGCGCAGACAGCGAUCAGAACAACAAAGAAGGUACGCAGAAUGAAGCUUGGGAGGAGCAUGAGCAGGAGGAGGAAGGGGAAGAGGAGGAGGAGGAGAAAGCGGACAGACAAAGCAGGUGGGAUGGAUCGAGCGGACUGAUAAGGGACAAGGAUGACGCUACCGCAAACGGACCAAAAUGCGCAGUUAAGACUUCCCGCGCACACCUCGAGCGUGGCCUGGGCACCCGCGCUAUCCGCGCGGGAGGCGAGGGGGUGGGAAGCACGACCAUCCGAGAUGGCGACCCUCCUAUCCCGCAGCACCGUCGAAGCCUCACACGGAACGUCGGCACGCGAGACGUUAAAGCUCAAGAACUCGGCUCUCGAGAUCUCGGCACCGGCGACCGGGGGCUGGGCGACGCGGCGGGUAGCGAGGAUGACGGCAGCGAUGUCGUCGGAGGUCGGCCCCCGCCUCUUUCGGCGAUAGCGGACGACGAGGCCGAAGGAGCGGCGAACGGUCCGUUUCUCCCGUUGUACCGAAACGGCUUCGGCGCCGGCGGCAGGGGCCGCGGCAGCAACGUGUGCUCUUCCGGCAGUGCCGGGACCGCCCCCUACGACAGCGAGCGGCAUCGGGCGCUGCUCACUAAGGGCGGGUUCUUCGUGAUGCACGGAAGGUUCGGCAACCCACAGAUGCGGUUCGUGUGGAUGUCGCCUGACCUGGGCACCAUCCUGUGGAGAUGCUGUGGCCACACGGCGGUGAAAGGAUCAGCCAAGACAACUCUAUUUGACUUCGUGCACCUCGGCUUUCAUAAAGGCGCGCUAGCGACAGCGAACAAGCCAGCGGCCGCCGCCGCUGGGAACGCCAUGAAUCAGAUCGUUUUGACCGGCGGAGCGAGGAGGAACAAGCUUGUGCUUGAGCUGGACGGCGGGAACGCGGACACCGACGCCGAAGUUGUCCAGACGUGGUUCGAGGCUUUCAACUUCGCGGUAAACUUCGCCAACACCGAGGUGAUCUCGAGGAUGCUGCAGUCGUCGGGGCGGCGUCGUUCGACGCUGACGCAGGCGGCAGCGGCCCGGCGCUCUUCGCUGAACAGCGCGCUGUCGGUGCCUCUCGCUCAGGCCAGCUCAACGGAGGCGACAACAACUACCGUCGGUCGUGGGGCGACGACCUACUCUGCCGCCGCGGACGACGCCCUUGCUUCGUCGACAACGGCCGAAGCUCGAGGAGGCGGCACUGUCGUAACUCCCCUGAGGACCAAAUUUCGACCACUUGCGGCCCUCCGGCCGGCGCCGUCCUCGCUGAUGCCGCCACCGUCAGCAGGGCGCCGCGCACCAGUCGACGACGCCAGCCCCAGCAGCCCCAGCAGCAGCCGCGGCAGCGGUUCCGGUGGCGGCGGGAGCAGGAAGCACACAGCCUGGGCAGGCAGCACGACAAGCUCGCAAGGAGCAUCAUUUGUUCGGCCUCCGCCGAUCGAUACGAGCAACCUGGCCGGAUUUGUCGGCCCCGCCAGCCCGCCGCCGAGAGGCCAGCCCGCACGAACCUUAUCGCCGCCCCUGAGCAUGGGGGCGUGCGACGCCGAUGGCGACGCCGAUUUCGACAGGGAAGAACAUAUGGGUAACGGCCACCGCGACUACACCGGAGACGGCAAGGACGUAGAAACGAGAGAAAAAAAGGAGGUCCUGAAAUCUUUGGCCACGAAGGCGGCGACCGCCAUCAACAACAGGACCCCGACCAAGACCAACUUCGACCUGAGACCUCGUGAUGAUUUAGGAGAAACGUCGUCACAUUUAUCGUCCAAAGCCCACGCCAGCACCGCCACCGGCGGUAGCGCCGGCUCUAGCAGAAGCCGCCGGGAGAGCGAAAGCAGAAACAAGGCGCUCUCGUUGCCUUUCCGCCAGCUUAUCGCCCACCACGCACCGUCUGUCGUCAGCCACCAUGCCCUAGAAACGCCAACGCGGCGACCCGCGAGUCCCAGGGCGCGCGUAGGGGCCGUGAGGCGCGGGAGUGGUUGUGACGGCCUUGGCUUUGGUGAUGGCGUUGGAGUGGGCGUUGGGGGCGCACGCUGGGCGAUCGGCAAGCCUCUCGGCGGUACCGGGAGACGCGGGAGUGGAGGCACAGACGAUAGUGAUACGGGCAAGGUGUUCGCCGAUGGCGUCCGAUGGGCUAGCAGCAAGCCCGCCAUCAACACCCGAUCAACCACCACAGCACCGGCCCAACCGUACCGUGAACGUGCCGGCAGCGCAGACGGCCGCGUCCCUAUCGCCAUUGCUUCCGAUGGGCAAGCCGAAGAGAGUGGGAGCGGUUCGUCAACUUCCCCGCCUCCCCGAAGUAGAGCCGAGGCUUUCACCACGGCCAGAUCUGCACGCUCGCUGCAAGAGCGAGGAGGGGCGGCGUCGCCCACGCGGGGGUUCGCCCGUGCAACCGCCCGGCGCUUGUCGGCGCUCGGGGCGAAGGCAGUCGGGGGCAUCGGCUUGGUGGGAACGGGUAGCAGCAGCGGACCCGCUGGCGUGAUUUCUCGAUCUCCUCCUCCUCCUCUUCCUCCUCCUUCAACCACUGUGACUCCCCCCAACGGAGGAGACUCUCCGGGCGCGAGAGGAGACGGCCCGCCCCCACCCCCCUCCCAGGAGCAACGUCGACGGAUGUCAGCUGCACCUCUCACCGAGCAGCAGCUGCUACAAGUGCAAUCAUCGAGCCAGCCCCAGGCAUCACUGCUCCGCGCUGGAGGGACGACCUCGACCUCGCCACCGCCGACCUCUGACGCAUCCCGCAGGAGGUCGUCUGCGCAGCAGAGGCUCCGUCAGGACUUCUUGGCAAUGAACGGAGCCCGCGACGCCGGUGUCAGCCCCGGUAAUCCUGCGGCCGCUGGUGCUAGCAACCGCCUGGGCUCCGUGGGGUUUGCCGCGCCCGCGAUGACGGCGAUUCGAUCAUACCAAUCGCAAGCUUGGCGGUAG